AUGGAGUAUAGUGGCCAGUUUGCCUCCUCAAGAAGGCCAUGGCUGUGCUGUUGGCUCUUCGUCAUCCCCAUCCUGUCGUCCGCCAUGGUUGCACGAGGUGAACCUGCGGAGGCACCGGACGACGGAUCGCUGUGCAUCGGCGAGUGCAGCACGUGUCCGGUCACAUGCGCGCCGCCGUCGCCUCCGCCUCCGCCGCCGCCGGACGAUAGGUCGUUGCUGUGCAUCAGCAAAUGUGACACGUGUCCGGUGAUAUGCACGCCGCCGCCGCCGCCAUCAUCAUCAUCACCGCCUCCGCCUUCCCGGGCGACUCCGUCACCAUCGAAACCGGCACCACCGGCUCCCGAGGAAGGGCCGAAAGGAGGGCUGUCAUAUCCAUACUACUACUUCUACACGUCGGAAGGCACGAGGUGUCGCGUGGUUCACGGAAUCCUCGAGUUGCUGCCGCUGCUGCUCACUUCUCUUUCGCUGUUCCUCCGAUGA